AUGGAGGAAAGUAGAUCUCUGAUUCACACAUUCAUCCACGCAGUCGCAGUUUAUUUCAGAUUAAAGCACUGUUAUAACUCAUUAGCGAUGCUCUGAUUCGAAAUAGAGAAAAAUUGAGGAGCGGAACUUUCGGUUUAUAUUAGAGGUGUAAACGGACGGCAUUUGAAAUGUUUUCGUGGUGAACUACAUAUCAUGGCGGAGUAAUCGACAGGGCGUUAUCCGUAUUUUCCUUUUGGAGAAAGUGCAGCGAGUUUUGGAAAUCGAGGAGGUUGUGCCUGACUGAACUGUGGUGAGGGGGUCCUAUGGGGCAGCAUCACUUCUGAAACUUAGUUCACUACAGAAGCUAGCUGGUUCUAAAAGGACCGUUUUCUUAUUCUGUCCGACCUGGCAUUUGUGUGUUAACCUUCUUGAGUGUUAGUGAGCGCGCGCUUUUGUUGUAAUUACCCGAACACACGCGUUAGCGGUCGUCGGGAACCCGAAAGACACGGUUGUCAUCUUAAUAUGUUACCUAGCCGGGCUGGGUCGGCACCAACUGGAAACGGGUCAGCGUCCGGCACGGUUAAUACGGGUCACGGCUCGGCGAUCAUCGGAACCAGGAUUCGCCCCGGCUUGGUCGGUUCAGGGUUAAUCGAAGUAACAGCUGGGGCCAGUAGUAACACCAGUGGGGUUGGGCGGCCGGUAGACGGGUCAGAGAUGUUGGGGGGAAACGGGGCAGGAGUGGGUUCCAGAGGGGGCGUGAGGCCGGGCAACGGGACGGGGUUGACCACGCUGCAGGUCACCGGCCCUGCAGGAGGCAUCGGAGGAAUGAACACAGGAAUAGGGGUUCACGGUGGCGGCAGGUUUGACCCAGACAGGCAGAGUGCACACCCGUACAGUGGCUCCGAUGUCGACUCUGACUCGGGGGAUGACGAUGACCCCGUGGGUUCAGCUGGGGACACCAGAAGAGGGGUGAAGCGAGAGAGGGCAGAGAUGGAGGCAGCAGCUGUGGGGCCGGAGGUCGGGGUGCCGCCUGGAGGCUACGGCGGAGUCCCCGGAGGAGUUGCUGGGGCGAAGCCUGGGAAGAAGACCCGCGGACGAGUUAAGAUUAAGAUGGAGUUUAUUGAUAACAAGCUGAGGCGAUACACAACUUUCAGCAAAAGGAAGACUGGCAUAAUGAAGAAGGCCUAUGAGCUGUCCACGCUGACCGGCACGCAGGUCCUUCUGCUGGUGGCCAGCGAGACGGGCCACGUCUACACGUUCGCCACGCGCAAGCUGCAGCCCAUGAUCACCAGCGAGACGGGCAAGGCCCUGAUCCAGACCUGCCUGAACUCGCCCGACUCGCCGCCCCGCUCCGACCCCACCACCGACCAGCGCAUGAGCGCCACCGGCUUCGAGGAGACCGACCUCACCUACCAGGUGUCCGAGUCGGACAGCUGCGGGGAGACCAAGGACAUGCUGAAGCCCACUUUCACAGUGGCCAGUCUGCCCGGCACCACCAGCACGCAGCCCACAGCCGCCACCACCGCCACCGCCGCCAUGCAGGCCAACAGCAGCCCCUCCUUCCCCCUGACCACCUGCUGGCCCGUCUCCGCCUGUGCCAACACCAACAGCAUCACCAGCGCCAACGGCACCGUGCUCAAGACCGCCGGCACGUCCGGCAGCGUCAUGCAGCUGCCCGGCGGCUUCACCUUCAUGUCAGGCGCCCCGCUCCCGCCCGGCACGCCCGCCAUCCCGCUGGGCCAGCUGCAGCAGCACUCGCUGGCCAUCCCGGGCCCGCAGCAGGCCCAGAGCACCACGCCCACACAGCAGCAGGCCCAGCAGCAGGCCCAGCAACAGGCCGUCUUCCGCCUCCCCGCCGCCGUCUCCCUCACAGGGGGAGGCAUGGCCCAGCAGCUGCAGGCCAUCCAGGUGCACCCUACCACACAGCCAAGUUCCGUCAACACCAGCGACAGCCCAGAGAUCUCCCAGGCCUCCACCAGCUCCACAGUGAGCGUCCCGGCCACCAUCGUCACCUCCUCGGUGCCCACCUCCAUGGCGGGUCACAUGAUGUACCCCAGCCCCCACGCGGUGAUGUACGCCUCCACCCCCACUCUGGCCGACGGGGGCUUGGCCGUGCUCAACGCCUUCACGCAAGCACCCCCCGCCAUGCAGGUCUCCCAUGCGCCAGGCCAGGACACGGGUGCGGUCCCUCAGGUGUUCCUCACGGGGCCCCCCGGCACGGUGCAGAUCCCCGUCUCCGCAGUGCAGCUGCACCCCAUGGUGAUCGGUCAGCAGUCCAGCGGCAGCAGCAGUAACCUGACAGAGCUGCAGGUGGUCAACUUGGACGCCCCCCACAACGCGAAGAACGACUGACCCCCCCCCCGGGCCGGUGCGAGCGAUUCGGAUGCCACAGACACAAGAGACUGCCACCACUAUUUAUUGAUGCCUUUUUCACAGCCUUUUCUACAUACGCUGGGAAGGAUCGGGGCAUAGGAAGGGGAAGGAGGCGUUGUCUACGUCUUUUUGGUCUGCAGUAUGUCUGUUUUUUUUUUUUUUUUUUUUAAAUUGCGACAUUUCUUGCGAUACGCAUACACUGCAGGUGCCCCAGCUUCACAGUUCAGCCAAAGAGACAUUCAUUUGUGUGUGCGCGUGUGUAUGUGUGUGUACGUGUGCAUAUGAGUCUACAUGGGGAG